AUGGAGACAAUGGAGCUCCACCAUGCACCUGAAGGUCUAAUAGAGACUAAUGUUGGAGACUACCCUGGAAUUACAAACUUUGAAGAUGUGAAAGCUGUAUUUUUUGUGGAAUCCACAAAGCUUUGGUCAAUUGCAAGCCCUAUUGCUUUCAACAUACUAUGCAAUUAUGCUAUUAAUUCCUUUACAAAUAUCUUUGUUGGCCAUCUUGGAGAUUUAGAACUCUCAGCAGUUGCAAUCUCUCUAUCUGUCAUCUCAAAUUUCUCUUUUGGCUUCUUGCUUGGUAUGGCAAGUGCACUAGAGACAUUAUGUGGACAAGCAUUUGGUGCUGGACAAGUAGACAUGCUUGGGGUUUACAUGCAACGCUCUUGGAUAAUCUUAUUGGGUGCAUGUGUUUGUCUCAUGCCAUUUUACAUUUAUUCAGAGCCAAUUCUAAUACUUCUUGGACAAGAACCUGAUAUUGCAAAGCUUGCUGGGAUAUUCACUAUCCAAAGUAUCCCUCAGAUGUUUUCUUUAGCCAUCAAUUUUCCUACCCAAAAGUUCUUACAAGCACAGAGCAGAGUGGGAAUUCUGGCAUGGCUGGGUUUCAUAGCCCUUAUCAUACAUGUUAUGAUUCUAGUUCUUUUUAUUAGAGUGUUAGGUUGGGGUACAACUGGUGCUGCUGCAGCCUAUUCAAUAUCAGCUUGGGGGAUUGCUUUGUCUCAAGUGGUUUAUGUUGUUGUUUGGUGUAAGGAAGGUUGGAGAGGUUUGUCAUGGUUAGCCUUCAAGGAUCUUUGGGCCUUUGUGAAAUUGUCUUUUGCUUCAGCAGUUAUGCUUUGCCUAGAGGUUUGGUAUUUCAUGACCUUGAUUGUUCUCACUGGACACCUUGACAAUCCAGUUAUUGCUGUUGGUUCACUUUCUAUUUGCAUGAAUGUGAAUGGGUGGGAAGGCAUGUUAUUUAUAGGAAUCAAUGCAGCUAUUAGUGUAAGGGUUUCAAAUGAGCUUGGAUCAGGACACCCAAGAGCAGCAAAAUAUUGUGUCAUUGUCACAGUUGUUGAGUCCCUCAUCAUAGGGAUAAUUUCUGCAGGCAUUAUUUUAAUUGCAAAAGAUGAUUUUGCUGUCAUUUUCACUGACAGUAAAGAGAUGCAAAAGGCAGUUUCUAAAUUAGCAUCACUUCUUGGUAUAACCAUGAUUCUAAAUAGUGUUCAGCCAGUUAUAUCAGGUGUUGCUGUAGGAGGAGGUUGGCAGGGUUUGGUAGCUUACAUCAAUCUAUUUUGUUAUUACAUCAUAGGACUCCCUUUUGGCUUUCUUCUUGGUUACAAGUGGGGUUACAGAGUGCAGGGUAUUUGGACCGGCAUGAUCUUCGGGACAGUGUUGCAGACAGCCAUCUUAUUAUACAUUAUCUAUAAAACCAACUGGAACAAAGAGGUGGAACAAGCUUCAGAACGAAUGCGGAAAUGGACUGGAGAAGAAUUGGAAAUUAGCACAAAUAGAAAUUAA